UGAUUUAUAACAUUUUCUUCUAGGAAAAGUAUUUAUGUAAUAAUUCCUUGAACUGCAUUGUGAAAGUUAUGUUUGUUUUUGCUAUUUCAAGUUUAUUUUUACUUUAAAGAAAUGACAGUAAGCAUGACUGUAAUUGUGCUACAUAAACGUGUUAUUUUACCUAUGGUACAUAGUUAUGUACUGGCUCAAAGAUGGAAUAAGCAAUUUCACAAGGAAAUUUCUUUUGAUAAAGAGUUUAACUUUUGUGUCAGUUAUCAAAUAAUUUAAAACAAAAUGAAAAGUGGAGAGACUGAAUUACCUGAAUAUAGUUCUAGUGAUGAGGAUUUCGUUGAUCCUUGGCAUGUGGCCAGCAAAUCUGCAACGGGGAUUGACUAUGACAAACUCAUAACAAAAUUUGGCAGCCAAAAAAUUGAUGAUAACUUGAUCACGAAAAUAGAGAAUUUGACAGGAAAACGAGCACAUCAUCUUCUACGGCGGGGUGUAUUCUUUUCCAUGAGAGACAUGCAUGGAAUUCUGACAUUGUACGAACAAAAGCAACCAUUCUACUUGUACACAGGCCGGGGACCAUCUUCAGAGGCAAUGCAUCUUGGGCAUUUAAUUCCUUUCAUAUUUACAAAGUGGCUUCAAGAAACAUUCGAUGUACCGUUAGUAAUUCAGUUGACUGACGAUGAAAAAUUCAUAUGGAAUGAUAUAACAGUAGAGGAGGCUAAUAGAUAUGCUCAUGAAAAUGCAAAGGAUAUAAUUGCUUUAGGAUUUGACAUCAAUAAGACAUUCAUAUUUAGUGAUAUAGAAUACAUAAGCUCUUGUCCUGAAUUUUAUAUGAACAUAUGUAAAGUGCAAAAAUUAGUCACAUAUAGCCAAGUGAAGGGUAUAUUUGGUUUUGACGUCAGUGACAGUAUUGGAAAGAUCAGUUUUCCGGCAAUUCAAGCUGCACCUAGCUUCAGUUCUUCAUUUCCAAGAUUGUUCAAAAGUAAGAAGGAUAUCCCUUGUCUGAUUCCUUGUGCAAUAGACCAGGAUCCUUAUUUCAGAAUGACAAGGGAUGUUGCCCAAAAACUUGGAGGAGUCAAACCAGCAGUUAUCCAUUCGACAUUUGUGCCAGCUUUGCAAGGUGUACAAACUAAAAUGAGUGCUAGUGACCCAAAUGCGUCCAUUUUUCUAACAGAUACAGACGAAGAAAUAAGAAUUAAGAUUAAAAGAUACGCAGAUUCAGAAGGCGGUAUAAACAUGACAGACGAACAUAAGAAAAGGGGCAGCUACCUUACAGAUAUAUCAUAUCAAUAUUUAACAUACUUAAUGACAGAUGAUGAUAAAUUCACACAGAUUGAAAGGGACUAUGCAUGUGGCGUUUUGGCACGAGAACAGUUGCAGGAGAUAUUAAUAAAAUUGCUUCAGAAGAUCAUUGGAAAACACAGACAGAAUCGAGCAUUAGUUACAAAAGAAAUGGUCAAACAAUACAUGACCCCAAGAAACCUAGAAUGUUCAAUAGUUACAUAACAAAUACACUUGUUAACUUGUAUCUAAAUGAUACCAAUAAUUUGAUAUAUAUGUGCUUGAAACGCGUGUAUAUUACUUGUUGCAAAUUUUGUUUGAUGUUAAUCUUGUAUCCAUGAAGACUAUUCAUAAAAGGUAUUAUAACUUCCUAAAUUAUUUAUACUGUAGGAAAGCACUGGUGUUAUUCUAUUAUGAAUAAAGCCAUUUUGUUUUGAAUAGGUUUUGAAGAGGUUGUUUAAAUAGAAGUUGUGAACGAGAUUCGUUGAAUUAUAUCUGGAAUAUGAUUGCCGUGUUCAUAUAAUAUGUCCGUCUGAUAACGUUGAACAGAUAUUGACUGAUUUUUAUGAAUAUAAAAUUUCCUGUUUGUGGUAAAGAACUGAUACGAAAAUAAACGAUCGAUAUAAUUUUAAUUCAAUGUUAAUAUUGUAAGCUCUUUCAUGUUGACUGGUUGGCAGUAAACUUUCAAUGACAUGACCGAAAAUUGCUUUUAUAAAACAUUAACUAAAAACACACUAUGUGCAGUAAGACGUGCAUAGUGCCACAUUGAAUAUAAUACGCCAUAUGCAUUUACAAGCUGUGUGAUGAAGAAUACUUUUUAAUUAGAGUAUUAUUUCUAAUCCUUAACACACUCAACUUUUUUUCUUCCUUUCCAGAAUUGUUUUGUUAGUUUAUUAGUCGAAAAAUAUUCAAGAAAUACUACUUGUUUAUCUUCAAAUAUAAAAGCCAUAACUAUU